AUGGUUACUUUUAUAACAUACUCCGAUCUGGAGGAGGUUGGUCCUAGGGUUCUUUCGGUAGUAGUGUUCCUCGUCGUUCCUUUGCCAUUAUCUCAUGCAUUAAAGGUGUUAUUCCGCACAUACAAGAACACCGUGCAAGUCAAAGAUCCUCGCGGGGCGUCUCGAUUGAAGUUUCCCAAAAGAACGGACUUGAAACAGAUGAUUGCAAAUCUCAAUAUACCGGUGUCGUGGCCCAAGGUUCUGGACAUAACACGUCUCAACAAAGAUGUCGGGCUUAUGGCAGUCCCUACCGAAGUGGAGCCUGUUAUUGCUCAUUUUCAUCUGGAAGGGAUGUUUCCACUUCCAAAGGAUUUGAUGGCCCAAAUGGAAAUUUCCGCUAUCGGCAGGGGUCUUCCUAGCCUGACUCCGAGUCCCAGCCCUGCCCUGGAGCCAAGGCCAUCUGGGGAAGCUAUCCUGGCUCCGAGGGUCAAACGGGUUCGAUUCGAAGAUGACGCCCCUUGUUGGGAUGGUUCCGAGGGAGUCGUACCCAAUUCAGACGCGGAUCAAUCCAACUCUCCCCCACGAAGCCUGGGUAUCAAUACCUAUAGUGAGAGGCGAACAGUCACAUUGCAUAUAACUAUCGAUGGUGCUCGUUCCAUCGGCUCACUCCCAAUCACCGUCUGUGAUGUUCUGGUUACUCAAGUAGUUUGGAAUGGACCCCAGGAUCGUUUGCUCCAUAGAUUUGAGGCCUCUUCAGACGUCCUCUUCGACGCUUUCCUGAACUCGCAUAAAUUCACUCGACUCGUAUUGAGCGCGGGUAAAGUCCCGGUGCUACGGAUUCUAUUGAACGGUCCCACCCUGCAACAGCCCAAACACUUAGCUCAUAUUUUUCCUUCAACUGACGCUGUUGUCGAGCCAGAAUCCCUCAUCAUCAUGUAUGGCUUACCUCCAGCCCUUCACGCGUCUCUGUUUAAAACGCUCCCCUUAGAGCAGAAUGUUGAAACCGACUCCUUCUCUGCUACAUUCAUGGUUGAGCUGCAGGUACCGCACAAGGAGGCGGUCCUCAGCAGUCUUCGUUCAGAGUUAUUUCGUGGCGACCAGCAUGAAGACAUUGAAACCUCUUCAAGCAAGACCAAGGCCCUCUCCGAAAGAGACCAGGCCCCCCUUCGCUCACGUGCAAUAAAGGCGGAAAUGAAUAGCGACAAAUGGCUCGUUCUUCUUCAUCACAAAUACCACAAACACAAGUUUUACGACAUCAUAGUUUCAAAGGCUCGGCAUGAGAACUUUCAACAAAAGGAGAUAUUCAACAUCGUCACCUGGGUCACCAAUAUCACUGACACUAGAAUCACUCGUCCUGAAGAAUCCGAUCCCAAGAUACCACGCGAAUUAUGGGACAGGAAGCCGCCAAAGGUUGUAGUUGCCAAAGAUUUCCUGAAGAAGAGCCGAAACUUCGCAGAUUGGUGCGAAUGUAUCACGUUCAUCCGACGUCGCGUCGGAGACGACCAUCUGAAAAUGCAAGUGCUGUUGAAUGACACCAAGUCCAUGUCCAUGGAGAAGCUGAAGAAUACCAUGCUGGUGACAUUUCCGGAUGCGGCCGAGGAGGGCAAACUGGGAGGACGGCGACAUUUGACCAAGGUGGAGAAGAGUGUGUUAGAGAAGAAGAAGAGGGAGAGACUGGAAGAGGGGAGGAAGAUCACCACUGCCAUCAUUGCAGGGCUACCCAAACCCAAGCAAACGUCCAAGACCAAGCACGCUCAGCGUUCGGCCAAAUAG